AGAACUGUCAAUAUUAGAAUAUUAGUUAGUCAGCCAGUCAGUCAGUCAUUGUAGCCUGUCUGUUUUUAACAUAAGAGGAAUGUACGUCCAGGACUAUGUGUGUCCCCGGCGUUGUAUGUGUGUUCUGUUCUGGCUGUGUGCGUGUGCUAUGGUGACUCUUCUUACCGGUGUACUCUGCAGCGAUGGGACGGUUCCGACAGCUCCGUCAGACCCCCCCUCCCCUCCAGAGGUACGUUGCUGGUCUCCCAGUUACCCCUUCAAAGCCCUCUGCUCCUGGUCUGAGCCGCCACAGACCCCGCUUCCCAUACAGUACAUCACCACCUACAGUAUGAAAGGCGGAGAGAUCCAGCAGUGCCGUCCCUACCCCACCUCCAUGCCGCCUCUCCCCAGCCCAGAGUCCUCUCUCCCUGGGGUGAAUGGCUCCUCUCCAGGGGCGAGGAGGCUCUGUGUCCUAGAGGGUCUAAAGCUCUACACGUCUUACAAGCUCAACAUCACAGCAGUCAACCCUAAUGGCAGCGCCUCCCACCUACAGACCUUCACAAUAGAGGAUAUUGUGAAGCCGGACCCCCCUGUGAAUGUGACUGUGCGAGUCGUUCCCGGGAAGUGGAAGCUGUUAGUGAAGUGGGCCCCUCCCCCUUCCUGGUCUGACCACACCCUCUUCCCCCUCAAGUACCAAGUCAGAUACCACUGGGACAACAAGGGUACCCCACAUGAGAUCACCUUGGAUCCAUUUGAGGACACCAAGAAGGUUCUACCAGGGCUGUUUCCUGGGAGGUCUUAUGUAGUUCAGGUGUGUUCCAUAGAACUGAUGGGGCUGGGACAGAGCAGUGACUGGAGUCUACCUAUUACUAUCACUAUGCCUGCACACUGAACACACACACACACACACACACUGAGAUAACACACACACAUGCUCAUGUGUACACACACACACAGGUCACAUGCAUAGAUCAAACGCAUUUGUAAACCACAACUUGGCUUAACAAUGAUAAUAAAAACACUUUAUUUGUAAGGCACUUUC